CCUAAAAAGUCGUUUAUUGUCGAUCAAAAUCGGAUAAAUUGAAUUCGAUGCACCAAUCAGGAAUACCCACAUCUAAACUCCGAUGUUUGUUGUAACGUCUGCUAGAAUGGCAGCGAUAAAAUUGAUUUGGUCUCUUUUCAUAAAUUUAAUAAUAUGUGUGGUUCUUACUGUAGCAGGAAGAGAUUUUUAUGCCAUUUUAGGCAUAUCAUCAACAGCAAGCCAACAUGCAAUAAAAAAGGCAUACAGAAAGUUAGCAAAAGAAUUGCAUCCUGAUAAAAAUAAAGAUGAUCCAAAUGCAUCUCAAAAAUUUCAAGAUCUGGGUGCAGCUUAUGAAGUACUAUCAGAUAAUGAAAAGAGAGAAAUGUAUGAUAAAUGUGGAGAAGAAUGUUUAAAAAAAGAUGGUAUGAUGAAUAAUGCUGAUCCAUUUGCAAGUUUUUUUGGUGAUUUUGGCUUUCAUUUUGGUGGAGAAUCUCAUCAUCAGCAAGAAACACCUAAGGGUUCUAAUAUUAUAAUGGAUUUAGUAGUCACUUUAGAAGAAUUAUAUAGUGGAAAUUUCAUAGAGAUAACAAGAAAUAAGCCAGUAAUGAAGGCUGCAAAAGGAACAAGGAAAUGUAAUUGUAGACAAGAAUUGGUUACUCGCAAUUUAGGAAAUGGAAGAUUUCAAAUGAUGCAACAAUCGGUUUGUUCAGAAUGUCCAAAUGUUAAAUUUGUUACUGAGGAACGUAUAUUAGAGGUUGAAGUUGAACCAGGAAUGGUGGAUGGCCAAGAAACUAAAUUUACAGCAGAAGGUGAACCACAUUUAGAUGGAGAACCUGGAGAUUUAAUUUUAAAGAUACGAACACAACCACAUCCAGUUUUUGAAAGAAUCGGUGAUGAUCUGUACACAAAUAUUACUAUAUCUAUGCAAGAUGCUUUAAUAGGUUUUAAAAUGGACAUAGAACAUUUGGAUGGUCAUAAAGUGACUAUUCAAAGAGAUAAAGUAACUAAACCAGGAGCUCGUAUUAGAAAAAAAGGAGAAGGAAUGCCUAAUUAUGAGAAUAACAAUCUUCAUGGCACUUUGUAUAUUACAUUUGAUGUUGCAUUCCCUGAAACGGAAUUCACAGAUAUACAGAAAGAAGAAAUAAAAAAUCUACUCCAACAAGAUUCUGUAAAUCGAAUUUAUAAUGGAAUAAGUGGAAGUUAAGAACUUUAAAUGCAAUACAUGUACAAGGUGAUAAGAGUGCAUACAACUAAAAUGCGUGUGUUGACUUGUGUGUAUCUACACCAAGUAGUGUUUUCACUUCUUUAAAAAGUGGAUACCAACAGGUUUGGUAACCAAGUACUAAGUCAGUGAAUUUGAAGUGAAUACAUGUAGCAAACACAAUAACCAUUGCAAGUACAUGUACUUCCUUUUUUAUUAUAAGAGACUGGUCAUAUAUAUAUGUGUAUAUUAUUAUCAAUUACUUACAUAAACAUCAGCAAUGGUUGAGCAUUUUAUUUAACAAAAUAAAUUAUUUUAUGUUUAAU